GCAAGACAGGCUUAUAUUCAAUUAAAUUAUAAUGGAAUUGUUGCUUGUCUGCCUAAAGUAGGUAGAUACAUUUAUCUGUAAAAGUCACUCAUUUUAUUGUUAGGUUUACGAUUACGGCUUCAUUACAUCAAUGUGGCCGGCGUCGCGUGAAAGUCUAGUUAUAGGGUUAUUAUGGAAGUCUCUUCCUCAACUUCCACUCGACGCUGUACAACGUGUCGCCGACAAAAGCAAAAGUGCUCAUGGACGCGGCAAGACGACGCUUGUGACCGAUGCUUAGAGAAGGGCUUUAGUUGCCCGCCCCGAAAAGGCACCCCGGGUUUUCGCCUUCCAACGCGAAGUCUCUUCAAGUGUGACUAUUGCCGUAAGGCUCACGAAACUUGUCACCCAGUGAAUCGAAAGUGGCCAGACAAAUGCGAGUUCUGCGUAGCGAGAAACUAUCCCUGCACGAUUCCCCGAGAUAAAAGGGAAUUUGAGGAUUUCCGUGUGAGACAAGAGCGCGAAGAAAGCAUCUCCGAGACUCAUGUUGAAUACGAGCCACAUCCCGCACAGAAUCAAGAGGUCACUACGUUUAUUCCUUCUGCCUCAAACAUAAUGUUAGAAAUUUCCGACUCUGAUGAUACAAUUUCGCCUAUUUCCACCCCGGAUUUACCUCCCUUGAAGCGCAUGAAGGAAGGUAAUAGGGACAUCCAGCCUGCCGCGGUCGAGGAGGUCGAACGGCUCAAAUAUAUGAUCCAAAGUAUGGAGAACGAAUUCAAGGAAGUCCUGAAAGCGGAACAAGAGAGGUACGAGAUGAAUAUCAAAGCGUUAAAAGUAGAACAUAGAGAGGAACUUGUUCAACAACGCCAAAGAUACGAGUCAAGGAUUGACGACCUUAUCAGAAUCAUGAAGAACUUGUAGUGGUACGGUUAAAUAUGUCGCAUCUCCUUCGAGUAUCGAUAUUUAGCGAGUCUGAUGAUUCAAUUGUUAAUAAUUAACAGCGAUGUAUAUUUGAAGUUGGGUUUUGUUGCUGAACUUUCCGAGAUAAUGGUAUAGCCCGUCCAGUACAGGCGUCAACAACAACAACCCGAGCGAAGCCCGAAGAGCACCGAACGCAGACAUCCGGCCUUCAACCAACAAAAUCAUGAUGAUUCGGACUUCGGAGAACGAUAAUUACAUACCUAGAUCUAUGGAUUGCUACUCACAACACCGUUCUGGCAUCAACUGCCUCUGUAACCAGGUUGUACAGAAGAAUAAGCUGCAACUCAAAGUCAUACUGAGGCCUUCGAAGUAAAACUAUAAGACAUAUCGAUUGACUCACCUUGUUUAUGCUUAGAAGAUGAAUACAGCAUCUCCGACUCUUAUUUGGAAUUGCAUAUGCAACUCCAUCACAACUGCUGCAGCGCGCCUUAUCAUCAAGUUGCGCUUAUUCAGCCCCAUACUUCAACCU